GUAGGGCAGGCCCACUAGAGUAUACUCUUUGCUCUGAAGCAUUUCACCUCCACCACCCUCACUUGCCACUUAAACCCCUCCCUCUCUCUCUCUCUGAGCUUUCUCUUCAAUGGAGGAUGACGAGUUGCAUUUAUCUAAUAAAUCAGCUGAGAAUGAUGAAUAUUUAUUAGUUCUUGAGCUCUCUGAAGAUGACCCUCUUUUUGAGAAAAAGAAGAAAUUACUAGAAGUUAAUGGUUUCAAUCUCCAAGGACAUGUAUCCUUGAAGAACUCCUCUUGUCCUAAUUGGUUAAAUACAACCAUGAAAAUGCUGGUUCAAAGAGCAAGAAUCAUAUGCUUGGAUGAGCUAGAACUUUACUUUGGUGGAGUUGAUGUAAAUUCUUCUGUGGAAUUUGACAAUCCCAGAAUUGAGCUGGAGGCUUUGCAUUCAAUCCUGUCACUCAUUGAUAAAACUCUCUCUAGUGGUAAUCAUAAAAUAACAGGUCUUCUUCAAGAUUUACGGAAUGCGAGUAUUGAUAUGAUUCAAGAUCUUGGGGACAAGAUUAGACUGGAGACUAGAAUUGUUACAAACUAUAGCUGUGACAAGGAGAGGCAUUUAUUACAGUGGGGUGAGAGCAGUGGUGUUCAAACAAAAUUGGAGGUAGCUUAUGUUGAGGGAGCUGGAAGAGGAGUUGUAGCAAAAGAAGAUCUGAAAGUUGGGGACAUAGCUUUGGAGAUCCCUGUGUCUAUCAUAAUUUCUGAGGAGCUUGUACAUGAAUCUGACAUGUUCCCUAUCUUGGAAAAGAUUGACGGUGUAUCUUCUGAGACAAUAUUGCUAUUGUGGAGCAUGAAGGAGAAGCACAAUCAUCAUUCCAAAUUUAAAUUCUACUUUGAUGCAUUGCCAGAAGUAUUUAACACAGGGUUGAGCUUUGGAGUUAAUGCUAUCAUGGCUUUAGAUGGAACCUUGUUGCUAGAAGAAAUUGUGCAAGCAAAAGAGCAUUUGCGCACCCAGUAUGAUGAGUUAUUUCCUGCACUAUGCAAUGAUCAUCCUGAUAUAUUUCCAGUAGAGCUCUACACAUGGGAGCAGUUCUUAUGGGCUUGUGAGCUCUGGUACUCUAAUGGCAUGAAAGUAAUGUUUACUGGUGGAAAGCUACAGACAUGCUUGGUACCUAUUGCAGGCUUUCUUAAUCACUCUGUUUGCCCGCAUGUGUUGCACUUCGGUAAAGUAGAUUCUGCUACAAAUUCCUUAAAGUUCCCUCUAUCGAGACCAUGUAAUGCAGGAGAACAAUGCUACCUUAGCUAUGGGAAGUUCUCAAGUUCUCAUCUAGUCACCUUCUAUGGUUUCUUACCACAAGGAGACAACCCCUAUGAUGUCAUUCCUCUUGAAUUAGAUGCUACCAUAACUGAUUGUUCUGAGGACAACUGCCCUAUGUCUAAUUGGACCAACCACAUGGUGCGGGGUACUUGGCUCUCAAAGAACCAUGGCAUGUUUCAUUAUGGGUUGCCGCCUCCUUUAUUAGAUCAUUUCCGUAGAGCUCAGUCUCCUAUGUUCCAGAAUAAUAUCCAUGAGAAGUUAGAAAUUGAGUUGGAAGUUCUAGAAGACCUCCGUUCUACCUUCGAAGACAUGUUGGAAACCCUUGGCGAGACUAAUCUUGACGACAGUACUAGUUGGGAUGUAAAGCUAGCAAUGGAAUUCAAAGAUCGACAAAUAAUGAUCGUCUCCUCGAUUGUGACUUCAUGUUAUUCUGGUUGCAAGUUGGUGGAAUAUGAAUUGAGUGAGUGUAGGGCUUAGGACAGACAUGUCUAGAUUGGCUAGUUAUCUCACCCGUUGAAAAAUAUUAUUUGCUCAUGAAAGAAUUGUCUCAGCUCUGCAUAUAGUUUAUAUCAAUCUUAGGUCAAGUUGUCAUUAACCUGUCAUUUUCAGACCCGAAUGGUGGAGGUUUGUCUUCCUCAUUAUCUGUGUUGCAAGAAGCACAAUGGAUGAAAUAUAUUGGUUCUUUGUGA